GCGGCGUCAGCGGGGCGGGGCGGCACGGAGCGCCCAUGGCGGCACCGCGCGUGGUACUGCUGCUGAGCGGGAAGAGGAAAUCGGGGAAGGAUUUCGUGGCCGAGGAGCUGCGGAGCCGGCUGGGCCCCGACGUCUGCACCAUUCUGCGCCUCUCUGGGCCCCUCAAGGAGCAGUACGCCAAGGAGCAUGGUCUCGACUUUCAGCAACUCCUGGAUGCCAGCACCUACAAGGAGUUGUUUCGCCAGGACAUGAUCCGCUGGGGUGAGGAGAAGCGCCAGACUGACCCUGGCUUCUUCUGUCGGGCAGCAGUGGAGGGGGCGCUGCAGCCAGUGUGGGUGGUGAGUGACACACGGCGCCUCUCGGAUGUGGAGUGGUUCCGGGAUGCCUAUGGGGAUGUGGUGCAGACUGUGCGGGUGGUGGCUACUGAGGAGACAAGGAAGAGGAGGAACUGGGUCUUUGUCACUGUGGGAGCAAGAGGCUUUGGAUCAAGGCCCCCACCUCUGGGGAGUGUGGUCAUGAUGGGGGAUACGGAUAGACAUAUCCUGACCAUCCUUGGAGAACCCCUGGGCUCUGUGCUACCAGGGGUGGACGACGCUGAAUCUGAGUGCGGCCUGGACCAGGGAGUGGCCUUUGACUGGGUGAUCAGCAAUGACGGGGAUAAGGUGGCCCUGGGUGAGCAGCUGGAUGUGCUGGUGCAGUCACUCCACAAAAGCCUAUAGCUCUGUGUCUCUUGGCUGGGGCUUGGGGACUGCAUCAUCCUCCCCUUACCCCCAGCCCCUCA